AUGGCUGCUUCAGUCAUCGAUCUGACUAUUCCCGAUACCCAGACAUCCGCAACCUCGAAGCCAUAUACGAUCUAUAACAUCCACUGCCGCCUUCCCCUCCGCUCGUUCACACUACAAAAGCGCUACUCAGAUUUUACGAAGCUACAUGACGCUCUCAUCUCUCAAGCCGGGUCUGCUCCUCCCACGGCGCUUCCGGGUAAAUCAUGGUUCAGCAGCACAACCAAUAACCCGGCUCUGACAGAAGAAAGACGGCGUGGUCUCGAAAACUAUCUACAAAGUAUCAACUCUCCUGACUCAGAUAGUCGAUGGCGAAAUACUUCGGCCUGGCGAAGCUUUCUGAACCUCCCUGGAAGCAACAGCGGCAGCAACAGCCGAAACGGGAGUAUCGGUAAUGUCGCACAUUCAAAUGUUGCAGGUGUUGGCGAUGCACCGCCUAUUACAGAUCCGGCUUUGUGGCUCGAUGCUCAUCGAGAACUCAAAACAUGUCUACAUGAUGCUCGAUUCCACCUUUCACGGAGAGAUGCCGCGACUACUGCACAAGGGCAGCAUGAAGCCAGCGCGCAAGCGAAACGGUGUUUAGUCCUUGCCGGAGCCACGAUCGGUGCUCUAGACCGCGCCUUGAGGACCAUCGCCGAAGCGACCAACACUCUGAAUAGCGGCGGUAGCAGCAAUUCUGGGAACUGGGCAAGGGACAACGCCACGCUCGGUGAGGGCGAACUCCGUCGACGCCGCGAUCUAAUUGCCUCUGCGCGCAAAGAGAAGGAGGGUUUAGAGAAACUAUUAAACGCCCUUGCUACAUCGUCAUCGAAGACGUCGGUCGUUGGAGGUACGCAGGCUGGUGCCGCAGCCGCAACGGCGCAGGAUAAGGCUGGCCUGUUCGCCGACGCCCCUUCAGUAGCUUCAACUAAUGGCAAUGGGGGAGGUGGGGGUGUCAGCGGAGUCAGCCGCAGAGUACUCGGUGGUCCUCGGGAGACUGAGCGAACCAGAGAACUGGAUAAUGUUGGAGUUUUACAGCUUCAGCAGCAAAUGAUGCGUGAGCAGGACGAGGAUGUUGAGCAGUUGGGCUCGGUGGUGAGAAGACUCAGAGAAAUGGGUGGUGCGAUUAACGAGGAAUUAGUCCUGCAGAAUGAGCUGCUUCAGCAGACUGAUGAAGACGUUACGAGGUUGCAAGGAAAGAUUGAUAUUGCUAAGAAGCGCGUUAAUAAGAUUCGAUGA